AUGGACAAUUCGCUUAAGAAAGAUUUGAAGAAAGGUAGGGAUGAUAUCAAAACACAUAUUUGGCAGAAGAUUGUGGAUGCUGGAGUUUUGGAUUUGGGUGAAGAUGUGAAGAUUGAUUUGAAGAGUUUGAGGGAGAAGAUUGAGGGGUUUUCCAAAACCGUGGAAAGCGACCCGCAAAACAAUGUUCUCGUUAAAGACGCUUUGAAAGCUCUUGAGCAAGCUAUGGUAACGCUAGAUGGUACUACUGGGAAGAAUGGUUCAAUUCAGAAGGCGGUGGAAGGUCUUGAAACUAAGUUUAAGAGUGUGAUCAGCGAUCCGCUUAGUAAUGCGGUCGAAAAAGUUUACACGGCGAUUGGGGAGCUUGGCGGGAAGUUUAAUAGCAAGGGUACACUGAAGAGUGUUGAUGGGAUUUUCGAGCAUAUUAAAGAUAAGGUUGGGGAGAUUAAGGGGAAUAAAGGAACUAAACAACGAAAUGGUCAAUGGAUAGGUAACUCAGGCCUGGAGGGGAUUAAGGAGAGAGUGAAGGAUCUUGCUCAGGCUUUCGUAAAGACUGGCUGGAGCGGUUUUGAGCAUCCAUUAGGCGGAUGGUUGGAAGGUAUAAUAGGGAAUGGGAAUGGGACGCCGGGCAGCAAAGACCAUAAGCCCGGCUUGCAAGCUGUGAACUCUUGGCUUCAGCAGUAUAAGGAUGCGAUCAAGAAGGGAGGGAAGCAAGUAAGCGAUUUUACAGAUCAGAUUAAGAACAAGAUUAUGCAACAGACACAAAUCUUACAAGCCAUUACGGAAGCUCAGAAGCAUAUUACACAAGUGCAAAAUGGCCCAAACAUCAUCACGCAGAAUCUUAAGGCAAUUGUAAGCGCUUGCAAUACAUUUGUCGAUGAGCUUGAUAAGCAGAUCACGAAUGGCAAAAUUAAUACCGUUACCGAUCCCAUAGCCGGGGUGAUUAAGGGGUGGGCAAGCGGGCAGAGUCUUCAGAAUUUUAAUCAAGACGCUGAUCUCAAGUCUGCUAUAAAAUACACCCUAGUUUCCCUCUGCGUUGCUGUCAAGACGGUGGCCGACGAACUCAAUUCAUUAGGCAUCGGCAAGUUUGGACAAAUCUUGGACGCUAUAAAGCCGACUGUAGAUGAGCUUCACGGUCAGCUUCAAGGGGCGACUACCUCCAAACCCGGCACCGGCUCCAACCAAAAUGAAAGCCCCGCCGGAGCCGUGGACAGUAUGUUGAGUGAAGUGAGGAAUGAGGAAGAGAUCAAAGAAAGCCUAGAGGUAACGUCAUCCACGAGCUCGCCUAACGUAUCAGCCAUCGUAUCGUAA